AUGGCCGAGAAAAACGGACGGCUACUUCCAGAAGAUGCCUCUUUAGCGGCCGAAGCAGAGACAUUGACAGAUGCUCCGCCCCUCAUGACAAAUGCUGUGUGUUCAAACACCUUUGCUGACUCUCAGAAACAGUCCGAGCUUGAUAGACCUAGUACGAGCGGUGGAAUCGAUUCAUCCAUCACAGCCACAGAUUUCUCUCCGCAGUCUUCUCCGCCAAGUACUUCUUCCAAGAUUGUCAACAUAAGAGUCAAACAAACAGACGGCGUAAGUGCAUCUGCUCCACCAUCACCAGCGCGUAGUCCCAGAGCGUUACGUCAUUUAGGGAACCACAAUUCCGUAGAAAAUAAAAAAAAGACCGACAGAGAACAAUGUCUUAUUAUUCAGGGGCUCCCUGAAUCAAGUGCAAUUACUCCCAAUGAUCGAAUUUCGGAAGACCUAUCACUCUUCCAAGGUCUUCUCAAUAAUAUUUUGGAACCCACGGAGGCUAUUGAAGUGAUCAAAGCCUUCCGCCUUGGAAAACGAGCAGAUAAUCCAUCAAUGUCCACUCGAACCCGGCCUCUUAAAGUUGUGCUGACCAGCAGCGACCAAGCCAGUCUCAUUUAG